CCAGACGCCCCUCUGCUCUGGAGGAAGAUCCAGGGCUGCCUGUCCCACCUGCUCAGUCUUCAUGAUUCCAGGCUGUGAUCCUGUCCUGACUGGUGCUUCAUGGGUCUGUGCAGCAGCAUUCCAGGGAAGGACCCUGCGCCUCCCAAGCUGCUCAUCCCUGUCUAGGAAGUUCCAUUCAGCAAACACUGACUGAGCCAACAGGAAGUCACUUGUGCCCUGGAUGCCAGGCAUAGAGAGAUGAUGAACACACUCAUCUUCACACAGAAAGGACAGCCAUGAUUGGUCUUUCAGAGUCCCUGGGUAUUUUGUCCACAGGGGCGGCCCAGAUGCUCCCUGGAGCCUGGCUGUGCUGGGCUUCCCUCCUGCUCCUGGCCAGACCCACCCAGCCCUGCCCAGUGGGCUGCGACUGCUUCAUCCGGGAGGUGUUCUGCUCAGAUGAAGGGCUGGCCGCCAUCCCGCUGGACAUCCCACCACACGCCACGGACAUCGUCUUUGUGGAGACCUCAUUCACUACAGUGGGAACCAGGGCCUUCAGCAGGAGCCCCAAUCUGACCAAAGUGGUCUUCCUCAACACUCAGCUCCAUCACUUUGGGCCAGAUGCUUUUGGGGGGCUGCCAAGGCUGGAGGACCUGGAGAUCACGGGCAGCGCCUUCUCCAACCUCAGUGCCGACAUCUUCUCCAACUUGACCUCCCUGGGCAAGUUCACCCUGAACUUCAACAUGCUGGAGACUCUGCCCGAGGGCCUCUUUCACCACAUGGAUGCCCUGGAGUCCCUCCAGCUUCAGGGGAACCGAUUUCAGACUCUGCCUUGGAGGCUCUUCCAGCCUCUGACGCGUCUGAACACCCUGGACCUGGCUCAGAACCGCCUGGCCCACCUCCCCGGGGGGCUGUUCUGCAGGCUCAGCAACCUGCAGACCCUGAAGCUGAGCAACAACAUGCUCUCGAGGCUCCCUGAGGGUGUGUUUGGCAAUCUGUGCAGACUGCAGGAGCUCUUCUUGGAUGGCAAUGCCAUCAGGGAACUGUCCCCAAACAUCUUCUCGGGGCUCUUCUGCCUGCAGAAGCUGUGGCUGCAGCACAACGCCAUCCGUCACCUGCCACCCUCUGUCUUCUCCUCUCUGGGGAAUCUGACCUUUCUGAACCUGCAGGGCAAUGAGCUGCGGAUGCUGCCUGUGGGUCUCUUUGCCUACAACCCAGGCCUGGUGGGACUGUCCCUGUCCCACAACCAGCUGGAGACUAUCACUGAAGGCACCUUGGCCAACCUGUCUAGCCUUGUGUCCCUGACGCUCUCUCACAACGCUAUCACCCACCUCCCCGCGGGUGUCUUCUGGGACCUCAAGGAGUUGGGUAAGCUCUACCUGGGCAGCAACAACCUGACGGUCUUGCACCCAGCCCUCUUCCAGAACCUGUCCAGGCUGGAGCUGCUCAGCCUCUCCAGGAACCAGCUGACCACACUCCCGGGGGGCAUCUUUGACACCAACUACAACCUGUUCAACCUGGCCCUGCACAGCAACCCCUGGCAAUGUGACUGUCACCUGACCUACCUCUUUACCUGGCUGCUCCAGUACAGCGACCAUCUCUUCCACAUCAACACCUACUGUGGGGGCCCCGCCUACCUCAAGGGGCAGUCAGUACUCUCUUUGAAGGAAGAACAGCUGGUGUGUCCUGUCACCCGGGACCGUUUGGGCUUCCAGGUCCACGGGAUAGAUGACAGGGAGCUAGGGGACAUAUGGGAUCUGGCAGUGGAGGGAAGGGCAGUCUGGAGGAGGUGCACCUAUAGCAACCCCGAGGGCACUGUUGUGCUGGCCUGUGACAAGGCCCAGUGUCGCUGGUUGAACAUCCAGCUGUCUCCUAGGCAGGGCUCAGGCUUCCUGGCGAUGAAAUACAAUGCCAGUCAGGAGUGGGACUUGAAGUCCAGCUGCGGCUCUGUGAGAGUCACUGUGUCUAUUGAGGCUCAGGCAGUGGGGCCCUAGCUAUAGAGCAGUUGGAUCUAAGAAUCUGGACAGUAGCUUCUGGGGCCUGACCGGGCAAGGGGCAAGGGUAGACAGAAGCUGGGUCUCCAAAGCUUUGGCUUUUCUGCUGCAAGGGACAUGGUCACAUCUCCAAGGUGGCGGAGGUGGAGUCAGGCCUGUUCCCCCCAGUUUGUCCUCCUCCUCUCCUUCCCCCAUCAUCCCUUCUCGGAGUCUGUGGACCGACAAGGCCAUCCUUAUUCCUUUCAAAGCACCCUUGAAAGCUGUGCCAGGGUCUGGAGAAUAAACCUCCCCGGCUCCA